AUGGCGGCGUCCAUAUCGCCGUCGGUCAUCGUGACCCAAAUCCAAAACUAUCUUGGUACCAACAAUGAGACCACCGACGCUCUUUUCAAGUCCGAUGCGGUCACCGCCAUCGGUACCUACAAAUGGUUCAUCGGCACCGGCAUCUUCGUCGUCGUCAGUGCUAUCCAGAUCAUCAAGUAUAUGCUACGAGACCGUCCUCCCCCAGGUCUCAAGCUCAUCCCCGGUCCUACCUCCACCAUCCCCUAUAUUGGACGCGUCCAUGAUGUCGACCCCAUGUGCCCGUGGUUUGCCAUGAAGAAGUUCUGUGACGAAUAUAACGGUAUCUUUCGCUCCACCAUCUGCGGUGAGAUGCACAUCUGGAUUGGUGACAACGAUAUUGGCUACGAUCUUCUGUGCAAGAAGGCAAAGAUCUAUUCUUCUCGACCCAUGGUGCCUGCUGUUCCCGGUAGCGACUCCCAAGGUCAAUACCUUCCUCUGUUGGCUCAUGACGAUCACUGGAGAAACCAGCGCAAAUUCGCUCACACCGUCCUUACCCAGGGCUUCAACCAGAAGUAUUAUGGCUAUGUCAGUCAUGAGGCCAAGCGAUUCUUGUACAAACUUCUCGUGGACCCCAAGGACCACUUCGCCCUGACCGAUCGUUUCUGCGGCCGUAUCAGCGCUCGUCUCGGCUAUGGUCGACCUGAAUCUGCUGCUGCCCACUGCAAGAAUGCUGGCGAAUUUAUUCCUCAAAUUUCCCCAUCCGGCCCAAUCACCAACCUACUCCCCUUCCUUGGUAGCCUCCCUGAAUGGAUCAACCCAUCCAUUCGCAAAGUCCGCGAGCGUCGUGAGAAGGAAGAGAAGCUCUGGAAAGGUCUCAUGAAACAGGUCAGCGAAGAAGUGGAAAACGGAACUGCUCCUAUCAGCUACGCAAAGACAUACUUUGAGCGCAAGUCCCUCGAGACUGGCUCUCGAUCUUUCGGCUUCGACGAUCAUGAGGCUGCUUAUGCCGUUGGUAUGUUGGUCACUGUCGCUAUUUUCACCAUUGGUGGCCCUCUCUAUUGCUUCUUCCUCGCUAUGGUCCUCCACCCUGAAUGGCAAGAAAAGGUCCGCAAGGAAUACGACGAGGUCAUCGGAGAUCGUGUCGUCGAGGUCGGAGAUGCUCCUAACCUACCAAUCCUCAGAGCUGCCAUCAAAGAGUGUGUCAGAUGGCGACCACCAGUGCCUCUGGGUGUCCCUCGUCUUCUCGAGGAAGAUGACGAGUGGAACGGUUACUUCCUUCCCAAGGGUGCCGUUAUCCAUGUCGUCGAUCUCGCUCUCGCCCGCAACGAAAAACUUUACCCUGACGCUGAGACCUUUAACCCUGCCAGAUGGCUCGAGAAAGAAUAUCCUACCUACAAGGAGCCUCUGACCGAGCACCCCAGACUCAUGGGUCACCACGGUUUUGGUAUGGGUCGUCGCAUGUGUCCUGGUAUCGAAGUCACUGAAGCCGAGUUGCUCGUCGCUUGCGGUAGCAUUGUUGGCUGCUUCGAAUUGAAGCCAUAUAUGGAUGCCAAUGGUCAACCCAAAUGGCCUGCAAGCUACGACUUUACACCCAACUUGAUUGGUGGACCUCUACCUUUCGAGAUGGAUGUCAAAGUCCGAAACCCAGAGAAGGCUGCACGCAUCAAGGCUUGGUACGAGGAGAGUGUUGCCGACGAGAUGGCUGGCAAGAUCGCUGCUGGUCUGUAA